AUGACUGAGGAGAUCAAAGAAGGAAUAGAUACACAGCACAAGGACCCAACUGCUAAGACGAUCAACGAACUGAAAGGAGAUAACAAAAGACUGAAACUCCUUUGUAGUGAGUUAAAAGGAAAACAUGAAGUCUCAGAGCUGCAAAUAUCACAGAAAUUGACGAUCUACAGAAAUCAGUUGCAGCAGAAAGAGGCACAGGGAGCACACAGCUCUGAUGGAGGUGAAAUCUACAAAGUGCAGUGUAUCAUCAAGAACCUUGAAGAGGCCCGAAACCACGAGCUGGACAACCAUCAGAAGGCCGUCGCCACACUACAGAAUCUGCAUGUAACAAAAAUAGCCCAUCUGAGACGUCAGCAUCAAGAGAAAAUGACCAAGGUAAUUGAAGGACCAUCCAAUAACUGCUCUCAACAUGUGUUAUUAUCAGCAAGAUGGAAUUUUAAAAUUGAUAGUAGCCUGGUGUGGAGGUGCAUGUCUGCCAUCCCAACACUCUGUGGAGGCCGAGGCAGGAGGAUUGUUGUGAGUUUGAGGCCAGCCUAGUGGCCCCACACUCUGUGCACCUCUCAGUUGGCAGGUGAGGCCUGAACCACAGGCUCCACAGGCUCCUUGUAGACAGGGAAGCAGCGCAGGAGCAGCCCCCAGUCUCUGUGGACCUCUUGGUAGGCAGGUGAGGCCCACCCUCCCUCAACCAGCUGCGUGAGGACCCCAGAGCAGUGGCUCCUGUCUAGUCACCAUUGGGUUCAUGCUGAGGCCCACACACUUUCCAUCAAUGGCCUGGAGAUCCUGGUACUGAAGGCCAGCAUUCCCCCACCAUCACAGUUGUGGUCUGAGCCAUGUGGCCUACCAUCCACCUGGCAAUCUUGGUCCCAGUGGUCCACUGCCCUCUACCAUCCUGGGAUAAAUCUGACAUCCAGAUAAGGCAGGGUCCCUAGAGGCCUCUUGUGAGCUGCCCAGGAAGCGUGUGGCUCAGCACUUUCCUUCUAACAUCCAAAUGACAAGAAGUAGGAGCAAAAUGCAA